AUGGCCUGCUACCCCCCGAAGCCCCCCGCCACCACCCCAGGAGACCUCAUUUGCAGGGAGCACUGGGGAUUGAGUUGUGCCAGCAGCACACCGAUCUCCAACUACGAAGCCUGUAGCAUCCCUGCUGAUGAAAAUCAGGAGGUGAAGUUGUUAGGGUCUAAAUCAUGCACCCGGACUUUUGAGGCAGAGGCUGACCAUGUGGAAGCCGCCAUUGUCGACGAAGAUGAAGGUCUUGAGAUAGAGGAGCCGGGUGGCCUCGGGCUGACCACAGGUGGGACAGAUCCAGACCUGCUGACCUGUGGACAGUGUCAGAUGAAUUUUCCCUUGAGAGACAUCCUGGUGUUUAUAGAGCACAAGAAGAAACAGUGUAGUGGGAGCCUUGGUGUUUGCUACGAGAAGAGCCUGGAUAAAAGCAGUCCCCCCCCUUCGUCACGCUCCGAGCUCAGGAAAGUGUCAGAGCCAGUGGAAAUCGGGAUCCAAGUCACCCCGGAUGAAGAAGAUCGUCUACUGACGCCCACAAAAGGAAUUUGUCCGAAGCAGGAAAAUAUUGCAGGUAAAGAUGAGCCUUCAAGCUAUAUUUGCACAACAUGCAAGCAACCUUUUAACAGCGCCUGGUUCUUGCUUCAACAUGCCCAAAACACACAUGGAUUCCGCAUCUAUUUGGAAACAAGCCCUUCAAACAGUUCCCUUACUCCACGGAUCACCAUCCCUCCUCCUCUGGGACCAGAGGCUGUUGCACAGUCCCCGCUGAUGAACUUCCUCGGAGAUAACAACCCUUUUAGUCUCUUACGAAUGACAGGCCCCAUCCUGCGUGACCAUCCCGGCUUUGGCGAGGGCCGGCUCCCCAACACUCCCCCACUUUUCAGCCCACCGCCCCGUCACCAUCUGGACCCACAUCGCCUUAGUGCCGAAGAAAUGGGGUUAGUUGCCCAGCAUCCCAGUGCCUUUGACAGAGUCAUGCGUUUGAACCCCAUGGCAAUCGAUUCGCCAGCGAUGGAUUUCUCAAGGAGGCUCCGAGAGCUGGCAGGAAACAAUUCGACCCCUCCUCCAGUCUCACCAAACCGCAGCAACCCUAUGCAUCGCUUAUUGAACCCCUUUCAGCCAAGCCCUAAAUCACCUUUUUUGAGUACCCCGCCACUGCCCCCCAUGCCUCCUAGCAGUACUACCCCUCCCCAACCUCAGGCGAAGAGUAAAUCCUGUGAAUUCUGUGGGAAAACAUUCAAGUUUCAGAGUAAUCUCAUCGUCCAUCGCCGUAGUCACACGGGAGAGAAGCCCUAUAAGUGUCAGCUCUGCGACCACGCUUGCUCCCAGGCCAGUAAACUGAAGCGUCAUAUGAAAACACAUAUGCACAAAGCCGGCUCCAUGACAGGCAGGUCAGACGACGGACUCUCUACCACCAGUUCUCCAGAGCCAGGCACCAGUGAGCUUACUGGGGAGGGGCUGAAAUCCAGCGAGGCUGACUUCAGGAACGAGAGCGAUCCCUCCCUAGGCCACGACAAUGAAGAAGAGGAAGAAGAAGAGGAGGAGGAGGAGGAAUUGGAGAAUGAGAGCCGGCCCGAGUCAAGUUUCAGCAUGGAUUCGGAGCUAAGCCGCAACCGAGAGAAUGGUUCCAAGUCACUACCAGACGAAAAGUCCCUCGUUCUUGGAAAAGUGAUCGAGAAUGUCAGCCUCGGUGCCAUCCAGCAAUACAACGACAUGUUGGCUGAGAAACAGAAGAGGAGCAGUUUCAUGAAAAGGAGCUCGGAUCAGCGAGACCUUUGUUCCCGAGACCUGUGUCAGAGAGACACCGGAGAUGAAGACUCCGUGGCCGGAGAGCUUGACCGUACAGAGGAAGGGACGGUCAACGGAAGAAGCUUUGGUCCCGGCGAGCCCUUCCCGGGCCUCUUCCCCAGGAAGCCGACACCUAUCACGAGUCCCAGUUUAAACAAUUCAUCCAAGAGGAUAAAAAUAGAAAAGGACUUGGACUUGCCACCAGCAACCAUCAUUCCUUCAGAAAAUGUUUACUCGCAGUGGCUGGUGGGAUAUGCGGCAUCAAGACACUUCAUGAAGGAUCCAUUUCUCGGGUUCACAGAUUCGCGACAGUCGCCCUUCGCCACUUCUUCAGAGCAUUCCUCGGAGAAUGGGAGCCUGCGCUUCUCCACCCCACCCGGGGACAUGUUGGAUGGAGGCCUCUCAGGACGCAGUGGGACAGCCAGUGGAGGCAGCACCCCCCACAUAAGUGGGCCGGGGCCUGGCCGACCGAGCUCCAAGGAAGGGCGCCGCAGCGACACGUGUGAGUACUGUGGCAAGGUUUUUAAGAACUGCAGCAACUUGACGGUCCACCGUAGGAGCCACACAGGAGAAAGGCCUUACAAAUGUGAGCUCUGCAACUACGCAUGCGCCCAGAGCAGUAAGCUAACCCGCCAUAUGAAAACCCAUGGCCAGAUAGGGAAAGAGGUCUACCGGUGUGAUAUUUGCCAGAUGCCAUUCAGCGUUUAUAGCACCCUGGAAAAACACAUGAAAAAGUGGCACGGAGAACAUUUGCUGACAAACGAUGUGAAAAUAGAGCAGGCGGAAAGAAGCUAA